CUUUGGGUUGCCAGUAAAUCACCACCCUCUCCAAAAAGCCAACAACCCAAAUUAUUCACAACACGUAUAUUUAUUCAGUAUGUGACGUCGUUCGCAUCUUCUGACUCCUCCUUCUUCUCUGUGGAGUAUUGCUCCUUGGCAACCAAUCACCAUGCAUAUCUGCAAAACAUCUAUUUUUGCACGACACAUGUUUUGCAACGUGUGGUCAGCUGCUAAUAAAGAGGAAGUGUCGUCUAGAGACAGUUUCAUAUCGCAAAACAACAUGUAAAAAUACUUUCAGUAAAAAACUCAACCAUCUAAUGCUUUUAAUUAUGCAGCAUUGUUUCUUAAUCCUAUGAUUCAAUAACACAUCAAAACUCUUGAUUAUACUUAAAACAUAUGCAUUGGAUUAAUUCAUAUAAUCCCUUCCUUAUGAGACUCCUUGAGUGUGUGUGUUGUUAGUUAAAAUUUUGUCAAAAUGAGCUAUUCUAUUUCUGUAAGCUUGUUCCUCUAUUUUGUGGUUUCACGAAUCCGGCACAUACACACAAACCCUCCAUUUCAUCUCUGUAUUUUUCCAUUCUAACUGAAUAAUAUUUCCACAAUACCCUGAUAAUUCCCAAAGAAGAGAUUAAACUCCACGCAUGCCUAGAUGCCUAGCUAUUAAAUGCUUGCGAUGUAAAAGUUGUAUAUGGACGAUCUGCUAAGUAAGGUAAGGCAACACAGAACGCUUCACCUGGCAUAUGCAGGGCUGGAAAUGGAGCACUGGGACUUGGGAGGCAGGGACUGGAUUUUGAGGGAAAGAGGAUUUUAAUAUUUUAUUAAAAAGACUAUGCACAUUUCAAACAUAAAUAAAGUGGGAUUUUCCGCAUCUAAAGUUAAAAAAUAUUUAACAUGCCCUUCAAGAGUGAAUCUCAAUUUUUUUCCAACAGUGGAAUCAUUUUGGCUAAACUAUUUUUAACUUUUAUUUAUAACUAUAUAAGCUAUUUUGUUUUUACAUAGCUUUGCAUCGUGAAAAAGACUUAAUGCUCUGUGUGUUUCUUAAAGAUUGUUAAUACCGAUAUCUCAACAGACAACUAAACCUUUAACGCAACCUAAAUCUAAGUGCCUUGCACUGCACUGACAUCUAGUGGACACUGCAUGCAUGCACACACAAGCGUAAACACAAGCGGUGGACAAAAUACAGAUGAUCAAUUGUUGAAGACAAUAAAGGUAGUUUAUCAAAACAGCAGCAGACAAUGUUCAACACAUUUUGACAACUUUUUAUGAAUAGUGUAUCCAACUGAAAUCCUCACGAUUGAGAUAUCUCCACUAAUUCCUUUGCAAACAAAAACAAAAGUGUACUUUCCCAUUGAUCAUAUCUUACUGGGAUAACUGCACGUGACAAGCCCGUCUGACUGGAAUUCACAAAAGAAAAGCUAAGAUCACGGUUACGCAGUACACAACACCGUUACGGUUAUGACAAAUCACAACAACUGAGGGAUGAAAAAGAUGGACACAACACAAUUGUUACAAAAAUUUUACAUAAUUUGUAAAAAAAUAAUAAUAAUAAAGACUGCAUGACUUAUUAAUAAUAAUGUGUGUUUCGACUCAUCAUUCUACUGUUUAUUUUUUACACACAAUCUGUGUUUGUGUUUACAUGAAUGUGUCUGAACUUACUUUUAAAAGGGCGCGAAAGCAGAAAUGUCUGCAGUCAGUGAGAUACUCGCGCCUUUCUUCAACCAGCUUCUCGAGGUGCAUUGUGGGAUUGACGGCGCUUGUGACCUUUUGUCGAUCGGAUUUCAUCCGCUGCUGUGAAAUGGGCCGUAAGAGCGUCCUAAAUCGCGUACUGUAGCAGUACGUACCGAAGUAACUACUUCUUGACCGUUAAAACAGUCAGUGAAUAUGGAAAGCGAUUUUGUCAUUUAAUCCUUAACAUUUACUAGUAUCAAUUUUUAGGCUACAUUUACAUGUAGUCAUUUAGCAGACGCUUUUAUCCAAAGCGACUUACAGAUGAGGGAAACAAUGGAAGCAAUUGGAACAACAUAAGGACUACAUAAGUGCAAUAAAAGAAAAUUGGUCUCACAUACCACAGUGUACAGAGCUAAGGGUUUUUUUUUAAAGAGUAGAAAAGAGAUAGAAGUCAGAACUGAUCAGUCAGGUGUUGACGGAAGAGAUGUGUUUUCAGACGGUUCUUAAAGAAUAAGUAAUGAAUAAGUACUAUUAUCUAAUUUUUAGGUACUAGUAUCUAAUGGAAUAGUUACUAGUAACUAAAAAAUAAGUACUAGUAGCCUAAAAAUAGAUACUAGUAAACGUCAAGGUUUAAAUGACAAAAUAGCAAAAAACAGAUAUGGCCACUGUUGACAUUUUAUAAAGCAAUGCUAGUUAAAGUCGUGGUAUAAUCUAUAAUAGUAGUUUGAAGUGAUUAAUAAAGUUUAAAGCAUUGCUUUACAUUCCGUGACUUUCAUGGCCAUUCAACAGCUCUGCUACAUGAACUGCCUACAGAUAAAGCACAACCUUUCACCCCUGCCAAAACCAGCUUUUCAAGAAACACAGUCUGCAUAGUCAUGCAGUGUGUGCGUGUGUGUGUGUGUGUGUGUGUGUGUGCGCGCACGUGUGUGCCUCUCUAUAUCAAACACACACACACGGUCAGAGGAAGAAUAACGACUCCGAUGCCAAACCCAUCGGACCCGGGACCCUCACAAAGCGGAAAUGUGAUUUUCUCACGCGAGCUCCUCGUAUAGGGGGCAGGGUUUUCCUUUCACUUCCUGCAACGCUGCAUAAAUACUCUCCCCGUGUGUCCCUCUGAGCAACUUUACAGUGAACACCAGGACCACAUCUGCUGCCAACAUGAGUCAAACAGAACCUCCAUCUCAAGAACGUCCAAUGAAGGCCAGGAUGGAACUAGCAGCAAAGAUGAAGGAUGAAGACAAACUUUACAAGCGAGACGGGAUUCUGUACUCCACAAUCCUGAGCCCACCAGAGACCCUGGAUAAGUUAAAAGAUCUGGAAGCCAGAGAUGACGACGUUGUUCUGGUGGCCUACCCCAAAUGUGGGUUCAACUGGGUGGUGGCAGUCUUGCGCAAAAUCAUGAACGCGUCCACUGGCAAAAACGAGGCGCUGCCCGACCGGCCUCCACUGGUCGAGUUUCUCCCUCCAGAUGUUCAGCAGAAACUGUCAGAAAUGCCUCCACGGAGACUUCUGGGAACUCACCUGCACCCUGACAACAUGCCUGCCUCUUUCUUUAGCAAAAAACCAAAGAUUCUGGUGGUCUUCAGAAACCCAAAAGACACCGUGGUCUCAUACUUCCAUUUCAUGAACAAGAACCCGGUGCUGCCCAGCGCUGAGCCGUGGGACAAAUUCUUCUCAGACUUCAUGUCUGGUGAAGUUCCCUGGGGGUCUUAUUUUGAUCACGCUCUUGCCUGGGAAAAACGGUUUGACGAUCCCAACGUGAGGAUUGUGACGUAUGAGGAGCUCAAACAGAACUUACCGGAGGAAGUGAAGAAGAUCUCGGAGUUCUUCGGCUUCCCGCUGACAGAGGAACAGGUCAACAGCAUCGCUGAGCAGAGCACCUUCAGGGCCAUGCUGGAAACCUCAAACAAAUCCCACGGCAAUUUGGGCUCGGUCUUCUUCCGAAAAGGUGAGGUGGGCGACUGGAAAAAUCUGUUUUCCGAGGCUCAGAGUAAACAGAUGGACGAGCUCUUCCAAAGUAAAAUGGCUGGAACCAAACUAGGGGCUCAGAUGAAGUAUGACCUCUACUGCCAAUAAAUGUGAAGAUGAUCGCCGAUGAUUUACUGUAACGUACUGUCACUAACAGCUGAUCACGAACAUGUUCGAUCGCUCUGAUGUUGGGUUUUACUGGUACAUUCCAUUACUUUUUUGUCAUCAAUUUGUCAUUGUACCUCACAAUGUGAAUGUGCUAACAUUAUUAAAAAAGUUGUUUUAAAAAUGUAAAGAAUUCUUCUUCAUUCUCU